GCAUUACUUUUGUUCACUCCAUCUCCAUUCACCACCAUUCAUCAAGAAUUUCCUAUCUCCAUUUCUUUCUCUCCAACAAUUGUUUUUGCUCAGAUUUAAAAACCUAAGUGAGUUUUUCUGGUUUUUUUUUUCCUUUCCUUUUGUUUUUUUUUUCAACCAUCUUUCUUGUGAUUCUGCCAAGUUAUGACGACAUCGUUUGGUGCUUCAAAUACCGCCAUUUUUAUUGAUCCAAAGCUCCAAAUUCAGAGCUUUAAUGGGUUGAAAUCUUCUGGAUUGAUUCCUUUGCAAAAAUCUCUCUAUGGGUUUUCCGUUUCAUCUUCUAAUGCUUCUACCGUAAGAGCUGUUUCUACGCCAGUAAAGCCAGAGACUGCUGCUGAGCCGAAACGUAGCAAGGUUGAAAUAUUCAAAGAGGAAAGUAACUUCAUUAGGUACCCUCUUAAUGAGGAGAUGAUGAAUGAUGCACCCAACAUUAAUGAGGCGGCUACACAGUUGAUCAAGUUUCAUGGGAGCUAUCUACAGUAUGAUAGGAGUCAAAAGGGUGUGAAAGCUUACUCGUUUAUGCUUCGUACGAAAAACCCUUCCGGGAAAGUGUCCAACCGAUUGUACUUGGUGAUGGAUGAUCUUGCUGAUCAAUUUGGGAUCGGAACUCUUCGGCUGACAACCCGACAAACUUUUCAGCUUCAUGGUGUUUUGAAGAAGGACAUGAAGACAGUGAUGGGAACCAUUAUUAGAAACAUGGGAUCAACUCUUGGUGCUUGUGGUGAUCUUAACAGAAAUGUCCUUGCUCCACCUGCCCCACUUGUGAGGAAGGAUUACUUAAUUGCUCAAGAGACAGCUGAGAAUAUUGCUGCUCUUUUAACUCCUCAAUCCGGGUUUUAUUACGAUGUGUGGGUUGAUGGAGAGAAAUUCAUGACAGCUGAACCCCCUGAAGUUGUGAAAGCCCGUAACGAUAAUUCCCAUGGUACAAAUUUCCCCGAUUCUCCAGAGCCGAUUUAUGGAACCCAGUUUUUGCCUAGGAAGUUCAAAAUUGCUGUUACAAUUCCCGGUGAUAACUCGGUGGAUAUAUUCACAAAUGACAUUGGUGUCGUUGUUGUAUCUGACGAGAAUGGCGAGCAUCAGGGUUUCAAUAUAUAUGUUGGAGGAGGUAUGGGAAGAACACACAGGUUAGAGAGCACUUUUCCUCGUCUGGCUGAACCAAUUGGCUACGUGGCGAAGGAAGAUAUAUUAUAUGCUAUCAAAGCUAUAGUUGUUACUCAGAGAGAAAAUGGUAGAAGAGAUGACCGCAAAUAUAGCAGGAUGAAAUAUUUGAUUAGUUCUUGGGGUAUCGAAAAGUUCAGAAGUGUUGUUGAACAAUACUUUGGCAAGGCAUUUGAGCCUAUUCGCGAGUUGCCCGAGUGGGAGUUCAAGAGUUAUCUGGGUUGGCAUGAGCAAGGUGAUGGAAGCUCAUUUUGUGGCCUUCAUGUUGACAAUGGCCGUAUAAAGGGCGUAAUGAAGAAAGUAUUGAGGGAAGUAAUUGAGAAAUAUAAUUUGGAUGUGCGUAUUACACCGAAUCAAAACCUUAUCCUUUGCGACAUUCGCCGUGCAUGGAAACGUCCAAUCACCACGAUGCUUGCUCAGGGUGGUUUGCUGGAACCUAGGUUUGUAGAUCCUCUCAACGUUACUGCAAUGGCUUGCCCUGCAUUGCCUAUGUGCCCAUUGGCGAUAACUGAAGCAGAAAGAGGAGCUCCCGAUUUAUUGAAGCGGAUUAGAGCUGUGUUUGAAAAGGUUGGCCUCAAGCACAACGAAUCAAUUGUAGUAAGGGUUACCGGCUGCCCUAAUGGAUGUGCAAGACCCUACAUGGCUGAGCUUGGAUUUGUUGGUGAUGGUCCCAACAGCUAUCAGCUAUGGCUGGGUGGUACACCAAACCAAACAUCAUUGGCACAAUGCUUCCUGAGCAAGGUCAAAAUCCAAGAACUAGAGAAGGUGCUAGAGCCUCUAUUUUACCAUUGGAAACGCUAUCGUAAAGCUAAGGAAUCAUUUGGCGAUUUCUCAAACAGAAUGGGUUUUGAGAAACUUCAAGAGUUUGUAGACAAAUGGGAAGGUAUGCCGCAAUCUUCUGGUAAGUUCAACUUGAAGCUUUUUGCUGAUAAGGAAACAUACCAAGCCGUAGAGGAUCUUGCAAAACUGCAAAACAAGACGCCCCAUCAGUUGGCCAUGGAAAUCAUCCGCAGUUAUGUUGCAGCGGAGCAAAACGGGAAAAGUGCUGAAUAGUCCAUCACAUCAGGAAUUUCAGAUGUAUGUAUUGUCAUAAAAGUCCAGGGAAACGCCCUCCCUCUUCACUGUCGUUUUUCACAGAUGUUACUGUAACGGAGAUGUAACUCCCACAGUUGCGGACAUGAUUUUCUUGUUUCUUUCCUUGUUUAGCCCUCCUUCAUCGGCCCCUUUCGUUUUAUUAGACUUGAUCUAUUGUAUUGUUCUAUCGGGGAGGAGUUUUGGUGGGAAAUUUUUUUUUGUUGUUUGUGCCGUUAGCCUUGCGUUCUCUGGUAGUUGUGCCAGAAUGUAUCAGACAAGGUUGCUGAUGAGAACUUGUAAUCUUGAUAAGUAUGAGAAUUGCUAUGUGAACCUCAAUUUUAGGACA